AUGUAUUGGGCGGAGACAUUUACGUCUUAUAAAGUGAUCAUAUACACGUACAUCGGAUAUAACGUCUGGGAGAUACCCAAAGACCACCCCGCCAUUCUUGGUAACAAAUAUACCUACGCGACCGAGCUCAUCUACAAUCCCAUUUUAGCCCUUGUCAAGACCUCCAUCCUACUAUUCCUACUACGUUUAACCGGCCAAAAAAAUACAGUGCGCCUGGCCAUCUGGGGACUCUUAAUUCUCAACGGCAUCGCCGCUAUCAUCACAUUUUUCCUCACUGUUUUUCGAUGUGUGCCCGUCGCCGCUAAUUGGGAUCUGGCUUCAUAUCCCAAUGCGACGUGUCUUGACUUUGCAAAUUUUGUCACCGGCACGGCCUCGGUCUCUAUUCUCACGGACAUCCUUGCUUUAAUGCUGCCUACCUGGAUCGUAUAUCGCCUACAGAUGCAAUGGAAUCAGAAGUUGAUGCUGAUUGGCAUUCUGUCCUUGGGCCUUUUAACGGUGGUAGCUGGCAUUGUUCGCCUCAUCCUCCUUGACGAUUUCGACCGUCAUAUGCCGGAGAAUUACACACACUCGGUCCUAUUUUGUGUGUCCACCAUCGAAGUUGGCCUGUCGUUUGUCGCUGCGUGCGCUCCCUCGUUCAAGCCGCUCGUUACUCGGCUCGUUCCGAGGCUCUUCGGCUCCACCCGCACCGGGCCGUAUAAUGGCUCGACCAACCGCAGCGGUCGGACCCGGCUGGGAUACAAACUCGAGGAAACGUCAAAUUUCACAAAUCGUACACAGGAUCAGACUGUCACUACCGUUGAAGCUGGCGAUAGCGAGAUCAGCCACGGCCCCACGAAAUUGAAAGCCGAUAAUAUGAUCACCAUGACCACAGAAAUGGAGGUUACUUGGGUUCAAGCCAAUUCCGAGGAGCAGCAUACUAGUAGUACAGAGAGUCUUGUCUACGGGGGAGGUAGCAACAGACGUUCUAAAUAA